ACCCAAAUUAUCAUGUAUUCAUACAUGUAUAAAUACCACCUCAAAAGUCAUUAUUUUCCAUCACUCUAAUAUUCAAAUCAAUCAUCUUUUUUUUUACUUACAAUACGACAAAAACACGUAGUAUAUUUUUAAGUUACAACCAUCAGAUUAAUCUGUUCCGUUAAAUCAUGUCGUCAAAAGUUAGCCAUGUUGACGAUGUCGAGUUGUCGAAAAUGGAGGAAGGAUCUGUCCGCGGCACAAAUACUCAAACCAUCACCAAUGUGCCUACUAAUGUCCCGCCUUCUAAUUUAGGCCUCUCAUUCAUUGUUGCAACCUCUUUGCAAAAGUUGUUAGCAGAGUUUAUUGGAACAUACUUCAUAGUAUUCACAGGGUGUGCAGCAAUUAUAAUAGAGAAAACCAAAGGAGAAGUGACUUAUGCAGGAAUUUGUUUAACUUGGGGCUUAAUUAUAAUGAUUGUUGUUUACACAUUAGAGCAUGUUUCUUGCCAUUUCAACCCAUCAGUCACCAUUACUUAUGCCCUUCUCAGAGGAUUUUCAUGGAAGUUGGUUCCACUUUAUAUUGUUGCUCAAAUGUUGGGAUCUAUUCUUGCUAGUUUCACUUUAUCUCUUUUGCUUGAUGUACCUCAAGAGGCAUAUUUUGGAACUGUUCCUUCUGGAUCAGAUGCUCAAUCUUUGGUUAUGGAGAUUAUCAUUUCUUUCAUCCUUAUGUUCGUCAUUUUUGGUACUGCCUUUGAUGAAAGAGCGCAUAAUCAGUUUGCUGGUGUUGCCAUUGGAAUGACUAUCCUCAUGAAUGCCUUAAUUGCUGGGACAAUAUCAGGAGCAUCAAUGAAUCCAGCAAGAAGCAUAGGUCCAGCACUAGUCAUGCAAGUUUACAAAGGGCUUUGGAUAUAUGUUGUGGGUCCCACUAUUGGGUGUAUACUUGGUGGAAUAGCCUAUAACAUAAUGCGAUAUAUGGAUCAAUUCCCAUCUAAACUCACAAAUUGGAGCACAUCCAUGGAGAAAAAGUUCAUCAAUUGGUUUGGUAUUUUGAAGGGAAAGUUCUUUGAUGCAUUCCACAAAGUUCAUUAAACUUGCCACUUUUAACUUAUAUUUGAACUUGUAAAUAGUUGUAAUAGAUUAGAUUGUGUUAAUUAAUAUAAUUGCUUUGUAAAUGCUUUGUGAUUAAUGAUCUAAUCUUGUAUAAUCUUUACUAAUAAGAAUUGUUAGUAUGUAUUUCUAUUUGUCUCUGUGAAGUAACAAUUCUUAAUUCUUAAGGAUAGUAUUAAUUUGUAUUUGAAGAAUAAAAAAAAAUAAAAGUGGGUGAAAUUGAGCGAAUGAUUGCAAAUUC